AGAUCCGAGCGGUGCGAGCGGUUCAAAAACGCGCAACCACAAAGAACGGACCUGUAAUUUCGUCGCGGCGCACCGUGCUGCGCGCGAUAAUCAGCGACAAUUGUUACUAACGUUAACGCAGUACUCUGUUGCGGGACGAGAGAGGAAGAGACGGAAAAAGGUGUGCGGUGAGAGCCGAGGGAAAGAAAGAAAACGCGGAAAGAGAGACGGAGCGGUGCCCGAGGAGGGCGAGAAGACGAGAAGGGGAGAAGAACGGUGCGCUUCCAUAGGUGCCAACACUCUCUCGCGUAGCAGGCGCGCGUGUGUGCGUGUGUAUGUGUGUGUGACACACAGCGGGACUGCGGGGAGCAGACUAGGACCAGCCGGAGGAUUUUCGUUAUGUAUCGAUUUACUACGUAAAUACUCUCCUUGUCCUCGCGAGACAAAUGGGACACACGGAAUGAAAGUCUGCGGCACCGAUUGCGAGACAGCAGGAAGACAUGGAUGCCAGGGUGAUAGAAGUUCUGCAACAGGCGGUCAGCCAAGACCCUAAUAUCCUAAAAUCGGCAGAGCAAACUCUCAAACAAUGGGAGACUCAACAAGGGUUUUACAUAGCAUUAUAUAAUGUUCUAUCGAAUCAUUCCUUGGGUAUCGAAGUUAGAUGGAUGGCUAUAGUGUAUCUAAAAAUUGGAGUUGAAAAGUACUGGAGGGUAAAUGCCCCAAACGCAAUUCGGCCCGAUGAGAAGGAAUUUUUACGGCAACAUCUGCUGACAAUAGCGGAACCUAUGAAUCCAUUAGCUGUACAAUUAGCUGUUCUUAUUGCAAAGAUAGGAAGGCUUGACUAUCCCAGAGAAUGGGGUACAUUAAUACCGACAUUGUUAGAGGUCAUAAGGCGGGAGGGCUCUGUGACACAGCGCCAGGCGUUGCUAACGUUGCUUCACGUCGUUAAGGGUUUAGCAUCCAAACGUCUGACGGAGGCGCAAAAGGUCUUUCGCGAAUUAGCUGGGAGCACGUUCAACUUCAUCUUGACCAUGUGGAACACCUUCACCGAGUCCUUCCUGAUACUCGCAUCGAACGGAGCCGACAUAAGAGAGAUCGAGGAAGCCCUGGAGAAAGCUCUGCUGUUGCUGAAAAUACUCAGGAAGCUGACCGUACACGGUUUCACCAAGCCUUCCGAAUCUCAGGAUGCCAUGUUAUUUUUGAACAUUAUUUUCGAGCGUGCGAAGGCCACUCUCGAGUGCCGGAAAACGUUAGAGUCUAGAGGCAUACAGACGGACACAUGCGAGAAGUUUAUAAUACAUUUGACCAAAGUUUUAAUGGGAGUACUAGAGACGUACCCGAAUUGCUACGUGGAACUUAUACCGACUACCUUAGAAUUCUCCGUUUUUUACUGCUUCACGGAGGCCGGCCAGGCGUUAGCAUUUGAAAAAUUCGUUAUCCAAUGUCUAAAUCUAGUGAAGAUUAUUUUAACGACGACGUACUAUAGACCAACCAAGAUUACCGAAGAGACAAAGAAUCCGAUAACGUUAAGAGCGAACCAAUUAAAAGAGGAAUUUUUCACACCGGACACAUUGAAGGAGAUUUGCUCCAGGCUUGUCACGCAUUAUUUCCUUUUAACACCCACGGACUUAGAAUUAUGGGAUGCCGAGCCGGAAAAUUUCGCUAUCGAUGAUGGUGGCGGGGAAUCGUGGAAGUACAGUUUGAGGCCAUGUACCGAGUGCGCGUUCAUGACGAUAUUCCAUAACUUUAGAGACGUUCUCUCGUCGGUUCUGGUUGAUCUGAUGCGACAACAUCAUCAACCUGUCGAUCCUAAUAAUUUGCACGCGAUCUUGGUGAAAGACGCCGUUUAUCGCGCGGUCGGUCUGGCCGCGUUCGACCUGUACGACGAGGUGAACUUUGAUCAGUGGUUCUCGACGACUCUGAAGGAGGAACUAAAAAUACGAAAUAACAAUUAUAGAAUUAUCAGGAGACGUGUGUGCUGGUUGAUCGGACAAUGGACAAGUAUCAAACUGAGUGCCGAAUUGAGACCAGAUGUGUACAUGCUGAUGGUGGAAGCGCUGAGUCCCACGGAGGACAUGGGUGUUCGAUUAGCCGCGAGCGACGCUUUGAAGAAGGCGAUCGACGAUUUCCAAUUCAAUCCAGAAGAAUUUGCCAUUUUCUUAGAACCGGCGUUUUCGCUGCUGUUCACCCUUCUCAAAGAAGUAAAUGAAUGCGACACGAAGAUGCGCGUAUUGUUCGUGUUGUCGUUUAUCAUCGAGCGCGUUGGCAGCAAAAUCAAGCCCUAUGUCGCUGCGCUCAGCACGUAUCUCCCUGUACUUUGGCAACAAUCAGAGAUAUUUAACAUGCUGAGGUGCGCCAUAGUGUCGACUCUGAUACACUUGGAAAAGGCUCUAGGAUCCGACAGCGUAAUUCUGGAACCUCUGGUGGUUAACGUCGUGGCCCUUAGUUGCGAUGUCAACCAAGAGGGGCAUGUUUAUUUACUGGAAGAUGGCCUGGAGUUGUGGCUGAGUUUGUUGGAGAACGCGCCCGCACCGACACCGGGUAUACUGGGUCUCUUCAGGAACAUGCCGGCUUUAUUUGAUCAAUCCGCGGACAAUCUGCGUUUAUGUUUGUACAUAACUCAAGCCUACGUGCUGCUAAGUCCACAAGACUUCUUCACUCAAUGGGGCUCGGUAGUCGUCGAGAUACUGAAGGAUCUUCUGAGUGACCUACGCUCGGACGGCUUGGUGAUGGCGAUGAAGGUUUUCGAAACUUGUCUCAGAGCUUCGCCUCAACAAGGAGCGGAGUUGAUCAAGCCUGUCCUAUUGAAAAUAUUUGAGACCGUUUACGACGGCGAUGUGUACCCGAUGGUCAUGACCAUGUAUUUGUCUAUUGUCGCGAGAGUUUUACUAGUUUCUCGAGAUAUUUUUGUACAGGUGAUCAGCGAUUUAGCGCGUAGUAAAGGAAACGACAUGAGGGAGGAGGCUGUGUUGAGCAAGAUUUUGCAUGUGUGGCUUUCCGGCAUGGCGUUGGUGUCGCAACAUGAAAGGAGUAAGUUAUUAGCCCUCGCACUUUGCUCCCUUCUGGGAGGGAACUAUUCUCCCACGGUCUUCGAGCAUUUUUCGCAUAUAAUGGCGAUGGUUGUCGAAGCACUCCACGACAUCACCAAGGUCGACGAUAUGGGCUAUGCUUUUGAUUCCUUGCUGAUCGGCGAUCAACCAAGUCCGUCGCAGUAUGAGGAAGUGGAUUAUGACACCGAGCACACUCAGCGGCAGAAGAAGCUCGCCUUCACCGAUCCUGUACACAAUGUAUCCUUGAAAGACACGGUCCAGCAUCAGUUGAUCGCGUUGCGAAGAAUGGUGGGCGAUAAUCAAUUCGAUCAACUGAUGCUCACGCUUACUCCCGAGACCGAUGAACAACUCAAGGACUACAUAUCCCUGUGAGGAAGAAGCAAGAUCAAAACGCAGAAUAGGAAAUGUCGGACAAAUGCUGCAUAAACGUACGAAAAAAGCUUUACAGCGCUCUAUUGUAAAACGGCACUAUUUUACUGUAUGAUACUACCACCUGUUUCACUGUAUUAAUAAUGUUGAUAAUAAAAGGUACUGCAACGCCAUUCGACACUUCCUUUCUCA